AUGAGCGCGAAACGAGCAAUCGAUCUCACGGACCUGAGCGAUAGCGACGACAGCCCCAUUCCUGUCGCAGGUCCCUCGGGUCCACCAGGGCUCGCGGCGCGGAGACCAGGCGCGCCGAAUGUGUGGCCGAGCUCGAGGUUGAGCGAGGGUGCAAAGGACUCUGACGACGACUUUACAAUCACCGCUUCGACCCCCGCGAAGCCAAUCGUGAAUCCCAUGUUUGGCAGCUUCCCCGCAAGCUCGGGCGUAGCUGGCCCAAGCGGCACCCAGUUUUCGCCGCUGGGCUCGUCCCUAGCUAGCGCAAGUGAGGCGGCUCACCGUGCAGGCUUUGCACACUUUGGCCGUCCGAACGUCAACGGCAGUUCGAACGGGGCGUCCAACUCGGGCGUCGUCGGUAACAGCAACGGAUUCGCCACUGGCAGUUGGGUGCCCUCCCUCUCCUCAUCUUCCUCGGCACCGGUCGCCGGGGCCGGCGACGGAUCGUCGUCAGCCCCCAUCGACGUCGACAGCAUGCCCGUCUCACGCCCGCCACCGCCACCGAACCCCAAGAAGGCCAUGUGCAUAGGAGGAUUCAUGACCCGCGCCAUCAUGCUGUAUCCAACCGACGCGGCCGUCGCGGGCGUCAAGCCCAAGGCGGGUCAACGCUGGAACAUUGUUACGUUCAAGGGCGCCGAGAUGAUCCAUGUCAAGCUGCGUCUCCGCAAGGCCGGCGAUCAACCACGCCCCGAUGAGCCAUGGACCAGUGUCAGCCAGGACACCAUCCAGGUCACGACGUAUCCCGGCGGCGCGACUGGCGCGUACAUUGGCGACAUCGACCCACACAUCGCCGGAGUCCUCAUUCCCAUGCUGCACCGCGGCCUCUGCCGCUUGGAGGGGUUUGCGAUGCGCCUCAGACCUGAUGGGCCUAUGUUCGAGGUCCGCAUCAACGUGCUCCUCUUCACCCUCCCAUCCAACAUCCAGUACAUCUCAGAUACGCUUAUUGCGCACAACCUCUUUCUUCUAGAUCCGAUGCCGCCGUACGACCCGAUGCGUCACAACGACCAGCCUGUGUACCAGAACGCGCACGGUGGCGGCGAGAGGGCAUACAAGAUGUAUCUGGCAUCGCAGCAGCGGUACGCAUCAAGCGGCGGUGGCUACUACAACCCACAGCAGGACAAGGCGCGACAGGUCGAGGUACAGCGGCAGCAGGUCGACGCCGUGUUCAAGAGUAUCGAGAGUGGCGUCGAACUGGAACAGUCCGACCCUGGACCAUGGAUCAAAACGAACCUCUUCCCGCAUCAGCGCAAGGCGCUCACGUUCCUCCUCCAGGCCGAGCAGGACUGGUCGAGCUUGAAGGACGCGCGCAAGGCUGCAGACAAGAAGCUCAAGAAGGCCAAGGUCGGCAGCCAGAGCGCGUCUGGAACAUCAACACCGGACGAGCGCCCAGAGAAGGAGGAGAAGAAAGGGACGCGCGACUUUAAGGCCGACUCCUCACGGUCACUCUGGGAGAUCAGUACGGACGACAAUGCGAGAGGCCGCGCCUGGAAGAACAAGCUCACGAUGGAGUUGAGACGCCAAGCAAAGCGACCAAAGGAGUGCAAGGGUGCUAUUCUCGCUGAUGACAUGGGUCUUGGCAAGACGCUAUCGGUCGUGUCGCUCAUCGCUGCUACGAAGACUGCUGCGAAAGAAUGGGGCGAGAGAGAACUGGAGAAGGUCGAGACACCUCAGGAAACCGAUGAGGACAAGGUCCCAGUGAGCGCCAUGAGCACGCGUGUGUUUGGCAUGCCAGAACCGAGCCCCGAGCCAGAUACUCCCAAGGGCAAAAAGCGACGCCGCGAUGAGCAGGAGGAGGUCGCGAACCGUACGCGCCGGUCACAGAUCACAAAGCGCUCCAAGGCAACGCUACUCGUCUGCCCAAUGUCGACAAUCACGAAUUGGGAAGACCAGAUCAAGGAGCACUGGGACGGCGACGUCGAGGUCGUUGGCGGAACGAGUCCACCAGUCAAGAAGGGCGUCAAGAAACCCACUGAUCCCGAAGACACUCUGAGAGUAUACAUCUACCACGGCACGGGACGCAAGGCCGACCCACGCUAUCUCGCUGGGUUUGACAUUGUGAUCACGUCAUACUCGACACUUGCGAACGAGUAUUCGAAGCACUGCAACUCAUGCGGUGACGGCGAGUCGACUCCCGCAGACACGAGGGGGAACUCGGAUGACGAAGCUAGCGGUGCCACCAGCGCCCGCGGCACCACGACACCUGCAUCUGGCAUCAACCCGUCUGACGUGUCAGAGGCACUCAAGCGCAAGCAGAAGCGCAAGCGCGCCCCGGCGGCAGACCAGCCCAGCCCGCUCCAGACGAUAGAUUGGUUCCGUGUCGUACUUGAUGAAGCGCACAGCAUCAAGUCGGCAUCCACAGUCGCGUGCAAGGCGUCAUGCUACCUCGAAGCCGACCGGCGCAUCGCUCUCACAGGUACGCCCAUCCAGAACAAGAUCGAGGACGUAUGGGCGCUGUUCAAGUUCCUACGGCUCAGUCCCAUCGAUGAACGCGACAUGUUCAACAAGUACAUCUCGACACCGUGCAAGAGUGGUGACCAGGUCGGAGUUGCUCGUCUGCAGCUGGUCAUGCGCACGUGCUGCCUGCGUCGCACCAAGGACACGACAGACAAUGGCCAGAAGAUCCUGCACCUGCCGCCGCGCAAGGAGCUGCAGAUGUGGCUGGAUCUGCGCCCUGAUGAGCGCGAGAUCUACGACAGGCGUCGCGACGAGGCGCGAUCCGAGAUCAACGAGCUCAAGGCAACAAAGCAGCUAACCAAGAAUUACGCGCACGUUUUGCAGCAGCUUCUUCGCCUGCGCCAGACCUGCGACCACGUUGAUCUCCCCAGCAGUGCCGUCGUCGAGGAGGACUACGACGGGACCAUCAUGAACUAUGAGAUAGCCUUGGAAGGUAUCAAGAAGAUGGGCCUGACCCAGCAGCGCGCACAGAGCGUCAUCUGCACGUACAAGGACAUGCCCGACGCCGGCGCGUGCUGUAAUGAGUGCGAUUACGACUUUGGUCCUGUGUUCCCGUCAAUCGACUUGGGCGGCGACGAGGUGUACGCCAAGUCCGAAUCCAAUGAGAAGAAGACCAAGAGUUUGCGUCCGCUCCUCACAAAGUGCUGCCAUAUUUACUGCCCAGCGUGCUUCAAGCGCAGCGUGUACCCCAAGUGGCCUCGCGCCGUGGAUGGCCAGGCCCGCCCGUGCAUCGUCUGCGACGAGAUGCUCCAGCUCGGCAAGGACGUCAUCGAGGUCUGCCCCCCGUCCGAGAUGAGCGACGAGGCUCCAAAGAAGGCCGCACAGCGCAAGAAGUGGGAGCGCAACCCGAUGGAGGCAGUCAACAUGUCAUCCAAGAUGCAGUAUCUGCUGCACGAGCUCAUGAAGCUCUCCAAGCGCAACCCCAACUCGCCCAACUACGACCCGUUCGGCGUCGUACAGGACGAUGACGACGACCCGAUCGAGGUGAGCGACGACGGCACGCCGCUCGCGACCAAGACGAUCGUGUUUAGCCAGUGGACGACGAUGCUCGACCGCGUCGAGGACAUGCUCAACGAGGCCAACAUCAAGACGUGCCGCCUCGACGGUACCAUGACGCGUGAGCAGCGCGCCGACCAGAUCGAGCGUCUGCGGACUCGCAAAAGUAUCGAAGUCAUGCUCGUGUCGACGCGUGCCGGAGGUGUCGGCCUCAACCUCACCGCUGCGAGCCGCUGCUACCUUAUCGACCCGUACUGGAACCCGUCGGUUGAGGCACAGGCCAUCGACCGUAUCCACCGCAUGGGCCAGACGCGUCCAGUCCUCGCGGUCAAGCUCAUGAUCAAGGACUCGGUCGAGGAGAAGCUCAAUAAGAUCCAGCAGAAAAAGGCCGAGCUUGCCAACCUCUCGCUCAAGAACAUGUCGCGGACAGAGCUCAUGCAGCAGCGGAGUGACAUGCUUGCGUCGCUGUUCAACUAG